GUAAUAAAAAAGAAAAGGGGAAAAAUUAUACGCUCAGUGCCCAGCGUUGUCUGCCUUCUGAGAUUUCACGGCGCACGAAGUUCAUCCUGGAAAAACCUGCUCUCUUGUAGCUCCGCACCAGAUCUAUCUUCCUCGUCAACCCGUCUAUCUCUCGGGCCAUCAACGGGUUAAGGUCAAGGGCUCUCUCAAGGAGGGGAGGUCCAGCGACAGGAGUCACAUAACUUGGUAGUAGAUGCUGCAAAACAUGGCAGAUUUAGAAAAUUUACUUCUGGAGGCUGCAGGAAGAACUAAUGCGACAGGGAGAAAUCGACACUCUCAUCCACCAUCUCGACGACAGCGCGAGGGUUCAUAUUCUGAUGCCGGCAGUGACUCUAGGGAUGAUGACUCAGAUGAUGAUCGGGGUUAUGCAAGUAGGAAGCCUUCUGGAUCUCAGGUUCCUCUGAAGAAGAGGUUAGAUCCUACUGAAAGAGAUGAUGAUGUGGGCAGCCAAGAAGAAGGGGAUGACGAGGAUGGUGCUUCAGAUCGUGAGGGUGACAGCAGUGAUGAAUCUGAUGUUGGAGAUGAUCUUUACAAAGACGAUGAUGACAGGCGCAAGCUUGCUGGUAUGUCUGAACUUCAAAGGGAGAUGAUUCUGUCAGACAGAGCAUCGAAGAAGAAUGAUAAGCAUUUAUAUGAAAGUUUGAGAGCUAAGAUGGAUAAAGGGAAGACUGCCCCAUCUCGAAAAGAGACUCCACCUCUCCCAUCAUCUCGUAUUCGAUCAUCAGCCAGAUCUGCUGAUAGAGCAGCUGCAAAAGAUGAUGCUUUAAACGAAUUGCGUGCAAAAAGGUUGAAGCAGCAGGACCCAGAGGCUCACCGCAAAUUGAGAGAUGCAUCUAGAGGGAAUGCAAACAAUCGGAGGUUCUCACCAAUGAAACGAAAGUCAUUCACUGCUCCAAGUUUGAGUAGCUCUAGCCAAAGUGAAAGUGAAAGUAGGUUUCAAAGUGAAGAUGAAGGGUCCACAGGAGAUGGUGGAAUGAUUGAUAGUGAUGAUGACAGAUCCAUGCCUGGUUCAGAUGGGCCAACAUUUGAAGAUAUCAAGGAAAUUACUAUUCGUAGAUCGAAACUUGGUAAAUGGUUCAUGGAGCCAUUCUUUGAGGAGUUGAUUGUUGGAUGCUUUGUGAGAGUCGGAAUUGGGAGAUCAAGAAGUGGGUCUAUCUACAGGCUCUGCUUGGUGCGCAACGUUGAUGCAACAGAACCUGAUCGUCAGUAUAAACUUGAGAACAAAACAACACAUAAAUAUCUUAAUGUUAUUUGGGGAAAUGAAAGUUCUGCCGCUAGGUGGCAGAUGGCUAUGGUUUCAGACUCUCCUCCACAUGAGGAUGAAUAUAAACAGUGGGUUAAGGAGGUAGAGCAAACUGGUGGUCGGAUGCUGAGCAAGCAGGACAUAUUGGAAAAGAAGGAAGCCAUACAAAAAGUCAACAACUUUGUCUACUCAGCCGCCACAGUGAAGCAGAUGCUGCAGGAGAAAAAAUCUGCCUCGUCAAGGCCAUUAAAUAUUGCAGCUGAGAAGGACCGGCUGAGAAGAGAGAUGGAUGUAGCCCUGAGCAAAAAUGAUGAUGCUGAGGUGGAGAGGAUCAACGCAAGACUGCAGCAAUUAGAGGCCUCCAGGAGGUUGCAGAUGAAAGAUGCCAAGGCUAUUAAGUUAGCUGAGAUGAACAGGAAGAAUAGGGUGGAGAACUUCAAAAAUGCAUCAGGACUGAGACCCGUUAAAGAUUUGAAAGCUGGAGAGGCCGGUUAUGAUCCAUUCUCAAGGAGAUGGACCAGGUCGAGGAAUUACUAUGUUUCAAAUGCUGGUGAAGCAAAUGGGGCUGCAGAAACAGGUGGCAACAACGAUAAUUUAAUGCCUGCAUCCGAGAGUAAUAGAACAGGAUCUGGUGUGAUUGCAGAAGCUGGCAUGGCAGCUACAGCAGCAGCUUUGGUAGCUGCUGCGGGUGCUGGAAAGUUAGUUGAUACCAGUGCUCCUGUAGAUGGAGGGACGGAGUCAAAUUUGCUGCACAACUUUGAGCUGCCUAUAUCUUUGGCUGUGCUUCAGAAGUUUGGUGGACCCCAGGGAGCUCAGGCCGGGUUCUUAGCAAGGAAACAGAGGAUAGAAGCCACGGUUGGACGCCAAGUCCCUGAGAACGACGGUAGGAGGCACGCUCUGACACUGACCGUAAGCGACUACAAGAGAAGAAGGGGGCUUCUCUGAAAUCCGAUCUCUGCAACUAAACAGAGCAGUAUUGCAUUUGAUAUUACUGCUCCAACGUAGUAUAGUCAUAGUGUGUUCUGGUCUCGUAGGAUUUGGCAUAAAAAUAUUAUUGAAUUGAAAAGGCAACUACUAAACGCUCCCUUGAGUUUAGCAAAAUGCUGCCUGAUUGUGGGAAAUAUUGAGCCUGGAAGAUGUGUGUUUAAUUACUUCUGGUUAAUUUUGCCUGUUGAAUGCUGGUGCCCCUUGUGUUCAUUGAUUAGGCAAGUGUGAAAUUAGUACAUAUUUGAAAUUUCCAAGUAUAGAUCAAGUCCAGAGAAGGUAAACACAUGA